UUUUAAUGGCCUCUCAAACAUAUCAGUGAGAAAACAUCGCCAAGGUUGCAGGAAAGAAGCCUCUUAGUUUUCAAAAGGGUUUUUCUGUUGUUGUAUUUACAUUUUUAUUUAGCUGCAUAAAAGGCUGCGACCAUUUCCUAAGGACCAUGUACACUGCGAAGACUGCCUGUGCCUGGGGUUGGUUCUUUCUGUGCUGUUCAGUGAGAGCAUGCACUGUAGCAGAUGAUCUUGUGGGAGCCAAAUGCCCAGGAGAUAUCAUCCUUGGGGGAUUAUUUCCAGUGCAUCAGCAGGUGACGAAUUUAAAUUACCUUAAACCUGACCCACUAGAAUGCACAGGAUUUGAUGUCCAGUCUUUUAUCUGGGUCCAGGCUAUGAUACACACCAUUGAAAUGAUAAACAACUCCUCACUACUAAAUGGUAUUAAACUUGGAUAUGAAAUAUAUGACUCAUGUUCCGAUGCCUCCAAGGCCAUCAUAGCUACAAUGAAGUUACUUUCUAAGUCAAAUUCCAUGGGCAAUCUUCUGGAGGUUCGUUGCAACUACACUGACUACAAGACAACUGUGAAAGCAGUAGUGGGCGAAGCAUAUUCUGAAUUGUCAAUUCCUAUAGCAAGAAUAUUUAAUGUAAUGCUCAUGCCUCAGAUUAGUUUUGCAUCAUCUGCUUCCAUUCUCAGUAACAAGGGGAGAUUUGCAUCAUUCUUACGCACUGUGCCAAGUGACAUCCAUCAGACGAAGGCUUUGGCCAAACUUAUCAGCUAUUUUAAGUGGAACUGGAUUGGGAUUAUCGCAACUGAUGAUGAAUACGGCAAGUCUGCAGUGACUGACUUUGUUUCACAUGCACAGAAGCACAAUGUUUGUAUUGGUUUCAAGGAACUGAUUCCCACUUACGUGUGUGAUAUCCGGAGUCACGAACGGAUAGAGAACCUGAUUUCAAAAAUUGAAAAAACCCCCAUUGCAAGUGUUAUUGUUCUGUUUGCAAAACAAUCAAUUGUCGUUAAACUGUUCACUGAAAUCAUCCGGCGGGGGAUCAAUAGAACAUGGAUUGCCAGUGAUGCUUGGUCCAUGUCCAGAGGAGUUGCAAAGAUGAAGAAUAUAAAAACAGUAGGAAACAUUAUGGGCUUCUCAUUUAAGACUGGAUGCAUUCCUGGCUUUUUGACACAUUUAAGAAACCUAAGGACACCACCUCUGGGAUUUAACAAGUUCAUUGAAAAAUACAAGCAACUUCAUUCCAUUUGUUCAAAUCAAUUAAACAAUUACACAGAAACGUGCAAUGCAUACACACCGCAGUGCCCGUUUCCAGAGUCCAAGAAACUGAUACAACCUCUGGAUUGUGACAAAACAAAUGAAGGCUUGUCAGAUAUAGAUGAAGAUGAUAUAAGUCAUAAUAUUGAGUUAGGUGUCACCUAUGCAGUAUAUUUGGCAACUAAAUCAAUUGCUUAUGGUCUAAGGAAUCUUCUAAAAUGUAAAGAAGGGGCUUGUGAGAAAAACCUUGAUUUUCAACCAUGGAAGUUACUGGAAGCAUUAAAAACGAUGCAUUUCACUGAAGGUUCAGGAGAGUUUUACUUUGACAAGUUUGGGGAUUCUAUAACUGGAUAUGACCUCAUACAAUGGGUUAUGCAUGAUGAGUUUACCAAGUUUAAAACCGUUGGAGAAUACAGACUCCAGGAUAACAAUAUACAUAUUCACAAUGACGCCUUCAAAAGCAUCGGAAAGGCUGUGAUUUCCAAUUGUUCCCGGUCCUGUAAACCCGGAGAAAGGAAGAAAGCAUAUUCCUUACACACCUGCUGUUAUGAUUGUGUGCCUUGUGCUGAGGGAUACCAUUCUGUAGGAUGGGACAUGAAUGACUGUUUGAAGUGCUUUGAUGACCAGUGGUCUGAUGCUGGAAGUUCUGCUUGCAAUAACAAGACCAUUGAAUACUUCAACUGGAAUGAUGGGUUUGCAAUUGUCCUGGUGGUCUUUGCGUCUUUAGGGAUACUAUUAGUAAUUGUGAUUUUUAUCAUAUUCUUGCUGAAUUUGAAAACGCCAGCAGUAAAGAGCUCUGGAGGUUAUUUCUGUUUUGUAAUUCUCUGCUCACUGCUCCUCUGCUUUAUAAGCACUGGAUUUUUCAUUGGUAAACCAACAGGAUUUCACUGUAAAAUUAGACAGCCGCUCUAUGGAAUAAGCUUUACAAUAUGUGUUUCUUGGAUCCUAGUCAAAUCCUUCAGGAUCAUUCUGGCAUUUAAUUUUGAUCCACUUGUCCAUCAUCAGAUGAAAAAAAUGUAUAAACCAAUAGUAAUUCUAGUAAUAUGUACUCUGGUGCAAGUUAUUAUUUGCACAUUUUGGUUGUUGUUUAACGCACCUAACUAUGUACUAAAUAAUACCAUACCGAAAGUCUUAUUACCAAAAUGCGAUGAGGGCUCCAAUGUGGCAUUUGGUAUUAUGUUGGGUUACAUAGCUCUACUUGCAUUUUUUUGUUUUUUGGCUGCUUUUAUGGGGAGGAAGAUCCCAGAUAUUUACAAUGAGGCCCGGUUUAUCACAUUCAGCAUGCUCAUCUACUUGAUAGUGUGGAUUUCUUUUGUGCCUGUGCACGUCAACACUGAGGAUAAAUAUCUCCCAGCAGUUGAAGUAGUUGCCAUUCUUGCGUCAAACUAUGGCAUCUUGUGCUGCCAUUUCUUUCCAAAGUGCUAUUUCAUUUGUUUCAAGAAAAACCAAAACACCCCUGAAAGCAUUAGGAAGUAUUUACGAGAGCAUAAUGCUCAAAAAGAUCAAGUCAACUUUCCUCAACCUUCGGAGGUGGCUGAAUGCUUUUGGUCUGCACCAGUAUCUCCAACUACUGUGAACAGCCAAGUUUCUCAGAUACCUAUGAGUAAAUAAAUUGGGACAGGAAUAUAUUGCAACCUACAUUAUGAGAGUAAGGGGAAAUGACUGUU